AUGUCACUUCCUAUAUUCUUUGUGGCAAUGUUUUAUUGCUUUUAUACACCAUUCACGAAAGUGGAAGAGAGUUUUAACAUGCAGGCAAUACACGACAUCCUAUAUCAUCGAUUAAAUUUAUCUCAAUACGAUCAUCAUGAGUUUCCAGGGGUAGUUCCGCGUACAUUUAUCGGUCCCCUUGUCAUAUCCCUUUGCAUUUCACCGAUUGUAGCAAUUAUCAAUGUUUUAAACAUUAAUAAAUUCUGGUCGCAAUAUUUGGUGCGAAUGACACUAGCUGCAUUUGUGUCCUACACAUGGAAUCAAUUGAUGAAAACGAUUCGACAAAAGCUUGGAAUUGAAGUGUCUAUUUGGCUACUUUUAAUCACAUUAACUCAGUUUCAUUUUACGUUUUAUAUGAGUAGGACAUUGCCAAAUAUCAUGACACUUCCACUUGUAUUAUUGGCUGUUAACUCAUGGCUUAAACGAGAAAAGAAGAAAUUUUUAACAUUUGCUGGUGCAUCAAUUAUUAUCUUUAGAUCGGAACUUGUGAUCUUUCUAGGACUUUUACUAAUCUAUGAUCUCUUUUAUAAGCGACUAUCCAUAAUUGAAUUACUAAAAUUUGGCAUCCCAACAGCAAUAUCCUUAAUACUUUUAACAAUUGGAAUUGAUUCGUAUUUUUGGAAAAGACUUUUAUGGCCCGAAAUGGAAGUGCUGUUUUAUAAUACCGUCCUUAAUAAGAGCUCUGACUGGGGAACAUCACCAUUUUUAUGGUACUUUUAUUCAGCACUUCCGAGAGCUUUAGGGGUCUCAUUAAUCUUUGUGCCUUAUGGAUUAUUUGUUGAGCCUCGUAUUAGAGCUAUAACAAUACCUGCAAUAAUCUUCGUACUAAUUUACUCAUUCUUACCACAUAAGGAACUAAGAUUUAUUAUCUAUGUCUUCCCAAUGCUCAAUAUAGCCAGUGCAUGUGCUUGUCAACGGUUGUGGAAUAACAGAACUAAGUCAAUGAUCCAUACAGCUUUCUCAAUAAUUGCUGCUGGACAUCUUAUUGGAAAUUUCGUACUUACAGUAUUUUUAUUGACUGUGUCCAAAACUAAUUAUCCAGGUGGAAUUGCCAUUUCCAAAAUUCACAGAUUAGCUACAAAUGACCAAAAUGUCACAAUUCACAUUGAUAAUUUGACAGCACAAAGUGGAGUGACUCGAUUUACGGAAAUAUAUUCUAAUUGGACAUACAGUAAAGAUGAGCAUUUAAAGGCUGGCGAUGAGGAGCUGCACAAAUUUGAUUACUUGUUGACUGAAGUUAAGAACAAGUAUGCACCAGAAAUGCGCCUUUUGCAGUCUACACAUGAGAAAAUUGAGCUUAUUGAGUGCUUUAGCAAUAUUGGUGUGCAUUAUACGAGUCUAGUUCCUUUAAAAAUACGCACAAAGCCAUGCAUAAUGAUUAUGAAAAGGAGACCAAAUGCUGUGCUGCUUAAAAGAUUCUUUGAUGUUUCAAUCGAUGAAAAUGAGCAAAGUGGAAGUGAAUUAGAUACUGAGGAUAUUGAAGAUGAACUAGAAAUCGAGCUAGAAGUUCAGGACGAGAUCCAGGAAAAGCCAAAAGUCUUGAAGAAAAAGCGAUUAAGGUCGUCAAUAAAUAAAUUAAAAAUGAAGGAAAUUAUUGAGGCUGGAAAAAUGGAAGAGCAGCAGAGAGAAAGCGAGGAAUCUGGAACUAUAGAGAACAUUGACAUCCAGUCCGAGGAACUUGUUAUUAAUGAUGAGAUUCAAGAUACAGUGAAUUUUGAAAAAGAUCCAGUGAACGAUGAACCUGAUAACACUGAUGAGGAACUAGAAAACGAAGAAAAUCUCACAUCUGAAGAGUUAUGGCCAUUAGAAGACAACAGGAAUGAUGAAGCAACAAGUGAAACAAGUGAAAACACGAAAAAUAAUAUUAAGAAGAUUAUAUCUCAAGAAAAGACUAAGCAGCUACUCGAAGAGUUUAAGAAAGUUGACCUAAGUGCCUUAUGUGACCUGACAAAAAUGGAUACCAAAGAUUGUCUCAAAAAGAUUCUAGAUGAGCAUGUUGAACUGUAA